AUGAAGUCCUUGGAUCUGUCUCCGUCUCUGUGGGCACUCACGUUGCUGCCGAGCCUCUCACAUGCCUACUGGCGUAUGGCAUGCAGUGUUUCUCAGACUGCACGAAUCGACCUCAUACUCAACCCAGGCGCCGUGUCUGGACACGUACACAAGUUCGCAGGCGGCAGCAAUGUCAACCAAAAUUCCGACUUCAAUUCCCUACAAUCCUCAAACUGUUCGUCGUGCGAAGUUCAAAAGGACAAAUCGGCCUACUGGACCCCCCAACUGUACUAUGCCCACGCAAACGGCUCGUUCGAAGAAGUACCAAACUACGGAAUGACGGUGUAUUACGUCGGCCGCGGGGGAGAUCCUUCCAACACGGUACCAUUUCCGCCUGGAUUCAAGAUGAUCACGGGGGACAGCCGACUGCGAUCUUACGACAACACGACCUUGACUUAUUUGAAUACCAGGCCUGUGGCCGAUAGGGUAAGUUUCCAUUGCAUAGACGAGGCUAACGAUAUUCCAGAACAACACUACAUGUUUCGUACCGACUGUGUCAAUGGCAUGCGAGCUCAGGUCAACUUUCAGUCCUGCUGGGAUGGAGUGAACCUUUAUCUUGACAACAGCGCCCACGUCGAUUAUUUGUCGGGCAUCGACUACGGCGAAUGCCCCCCUUCGCAUCCGGUCCCCAUUCCUGGCCUGUUCUUUGAAGUCCUUUACUGGACAAACUCAAUCAAUCAAUCAGCCGGUGGCCAGUUUGUCUUCUCCAACGGUGAUACUACUGGCUAUGGCUUCCACGGCGAUUUCCUCAACGGUUGGGACAUGGACGUACAAACUGGUGCUGUUCAAGACUGCCUCUACACAGACAACGGCGGGGUGGUGAGCGCAUGCUCUUACCUCUCUCCAAGUGACGAUAUCAAUUUUCCACGCGAUUGCCUAGAACGGCCAUCUGUCUUUGACGAGCCUGUGCACGGCAUGCUUGAUGCUUUGCCGGGUUGCAAUCCUAUUACGAGUGGGCCUGAUAUGGCCCCACAGGUCGUGUGUCCUCUCAACUCUCAUACACUCAACGCAGCUAUCCAAACGUCAAUCUCCAGCGCCACAUCUACACAGGCUACCCCUUCUUCGGAUAUUGCGGCGAUCAUCACAGUAACUGAUUCCAGCCUGUCAGCCACAACCGAUGCAUUCACUACUUCGAGCUCAGCUACAAUCACAUCGACGACUCCGAGUGCGUCCUCUACCGCUACAGAGUCAUCAUCCUUUGACCCGCCUCUACGGCCACUUACCGUGACACUGUCCGACGAGUUGACUCCAACCAUUGAACCUGGAAGCAGUACCUUCAGCGCCCCGUUUAGUCCUGAAAAUACAUUCGUGUUCACAGACUCGAGCAGCGUGGUUCAGUCAACCUUUUCGGCAGGCUUCUUCGCCACCCAAACGGAUGGGGGCAUAUUGGUACCUAUAUCAACGAGUACUAGCAACUCAGUAUCGAUGGCUUCGAGCGAUUCUAUCUCGGCUGGUCCCUCCGUGACGGAAACGCCGUUAUUGGCCAUCCUCACCCCUACCGUUUCUGUUGAUGCAGUGCCAGGAAGUGGGCUAUUGACGAACACCAUUACCGGGUGGAUUACCUCGAUAUUGAGAGGUCCCAUCGUUCUUCCAGCAAGUUUCGUCGCUAUAGGCACCACCCCAGGUGCCACAUCCGCACCUGCUGCCACAGCAUCAAGCACAGAGACAACGUCAGCGUCAUCUGAAAACACUUCGUCUUCACCCGAAACUGCAGUCGUGACCGGAACCGAGCCCCAGUUCUCUCCGACCACUACUUUCACCACAAUCGCGACUACCGCUCCUACGAAUAUAAGCGGUAGCAGCAGCAUCAUUGUCUCUUCAACCCUCGAUCCCAGCGACGCUUUCCUUUGUUCUCUUUACGCAGCUUUCACGAUUGAGGGAUGUCCGCCUCCUGCAACUACUUCAUCAACCACGAUUUCCACUCCAGCAACCACCUCGGCGCCAGCUACAACACCUUUUAGAAUUCGAGGACGCGAAGUGUUCUUGACAGGAAGAUAG